UGCAGGACUUCUUUGCUCCUGAACAGCAGGCAGGUGACAGGUGAGCUGCUGGACUCGCUGCUCGCUCAGGGACCAAUCAGCUGGCUUGAGAAGUUGACUGACUCCGCUGAGAGCCAAUGAGCGUGCAGCUCAGCCUGCAGCGGCUCUAUAAGCAGCCCGGCGCUCCUCCCGCAGCUCAGUGAGGCUCCUCUCUCCGUGUCUCAGUGAUGCUGUUUGUUCUCAUGUGAAGCUGCAGCGACCGCCAGGAGACAUGAGACCCGGCAGCCCGGUGCCGUCUGCGGGCAGGAGGAGGAGGAGGAGGAGGAGCAGCGGCGCCCUCAGCCGGAGCCGCCGGAGCCGCCGGAGCCUGCGCUGCUCUCUGCGGGGCUCCUACCGGAACAAGAGCCCGGCGGCGGCGGAGGAGGACGAGCCGCGUGUUCCGGAGCUCCUGCUGCAGGACAUGAACCUGUGUUACCGGCUGCUGCGGCAGCUGGUUCCCGGUCUGCCGCCCGGACGGGCCGCCAGCAGGGUGGAGAUCCUGCAGCACGUCAUCGACUACAUCCUGGACCUGCAGACCGAGCUGGACGCCUCCAUCCCGGCGGGGGACCGCGGAGAGCCGCUCCACCGGGACCGGAUCCAGCAGCGGCCACAGAGCGGAGAGAGCUCCGGGACCAGCAGCCACACCUGCCAGGUGUUUGAAACAAGAGGACGACUGAACACCAACAGAGUUCAUCUGCAUGGAAAGCAUUUUAUUUUUAUUCACCACCUCGGAGGACUUGGACAGUUUCCUGGAGGGUCGACUUCUUCUUCACUUUGACUGAGUUGGCGUUUCUCUGAAAGACAAUCAGCAACAACUCAGACUGCUUCAGUCCAGCCAGCGAUGAGCCUUAAUGAGAGAAGAAACACUCCUUUGAUGUUUCUAUCCAGUCUAGACUUCUUUAUUCAGUCCUGAUGAGACUGAAACCAGAAUUUCAUCUUCUCUUGUCUGAUCCGAGUGACAGAAGAUGUUGGCUGACAGACGGCCUCGUGUUUUUAAUUCACAUCGGCUGUUUUAAAAAUAGCAGCUAAAAUCCACAUAUUUUAAACAAAGUCCAGUUUAGAUCAAGUCUAGAUUAAAUCACUUUAAACUCAGACUUCAGAUAAACUGGACCAGAGUUCCUAACUUCCUGUCUGUUGAACUGCACUUCCUGCUUGAUUAUCAAAACAAGACAAAAACCAGACUGGUCAGGUGGUAACAUAAAUUAUUAGAAACUUUAUUUAACUAUUUUCCAACGUGACGUCUGAGUCACUUAAUAUUUAUUAUAGUCACAUUUUAAAGAUCUAAAAUCUUUAAACUGAACAGGAAGAGGAAACACUGAUAGCAUUGGCUCUUCAAAGUAAAAGACAUGAGAAUCUACAGUUUGGUUUUUGGUAGUUAUGUCAAAUAAAACAUAUUUUGAUCCUGCAGGAAGUCCAGUUCUUUACUUGUUUUCUUACAUAAUUGUUCUGUAGAUCUGAAUCAUAUGUGACCUCCGCUGUUAUUCCGUUCAUUAAAACCGGCGACAGGAAGUUGAUUGAGAGGUUAGACGACUCUUAUUCUGAAAUCAAAGCACUUCCUUUAACUAAGUGUCAGGAGUCUGCUUCCUGUUCUGGAUGAAAGUUUGAAAUGUAAAAGUUUCUGUUCAGCAGUUUAAGAAUAUUGUUGUUAAACUGCAAUUUUAUACAAUCAAUAAAUUAAACUGUAUAUAAGCAUUAAAGAUGAUGAUGAUGAUGAAGAAUUAGAUUUACUCAGUUGUCAUUGAAACAUGGUUUAAAGUUUCCAUGUUUGUGUCUUCUGUUCAAAAGCUCCAGAAGAUCUGAGCUUUUUUCAUAAUUUGAUGUAUUACUUUAAGUUUUUCUUAUUCAUCAGUGCAAAAGCCUCAACUUUAAUCAGGAAGGUCACAGGAAACACACAACGGGAUUAAAGGGGAGGGUGAGUUUUCUUGUACAUUUUUAAUGUCUACAUUAGAUUAUUAAUUCAGUUACCUAGAUAUUAUUCAUACCGACCACAGUCCUGUUAAAUCUUCCUGUGGUGUCUCAGAUUGUGAGCAAAUGUCGCCUCCUGGUGGUGAAACUCUUAAAUUCAUCUAAUCGAACCUGAACAUUUUCUCAGACGUGGAAACUAAGUACAUUUAGUAUUUUUCUGUGGAUCUGUAGUAUUUGUGCUGCAGUCAACUCCUUUGACUGUAGCCAAAUAAACCCCUCAGUUCAAUUAAUUUAUCCUUUUUGCUUGAAGGUCUUCUACCAAAACAUUACUAGUUCAUAAAUAUAUUUUGCAUGUUAGACUGUGUGCGAGUUUCUUUGUAACUCUGCAGCAGUUGUUGUUUAUUUUACCGUUAUUACACUAAAUCCACUUGUAUUCACCAUCUUUAGUUAAAUAAACACUUUCACUUUAUAACAAGUACUGUCAGUUUUAUUAGAAUUAGAAUCCCUGGAUUUGAGGAUAAUUGAAUAAUUACUUAAUAAGUUUCUCAAGAGUUUACUUGAACUUCAAAGGUUCCCCAGAACGAGUGUUUAUUAAUAUUAAAAAGUGUAGAAUGUUCACUACACCAGAGCCAAAGUUUGUAUCGAUAUCAUUUGUGCACAAAUUUGUUUUAGACAUUAUUUAAUCUUUUCUAUAUUCACAAACGUGAGUUUCUUAAGGACAGGCAUCCAACCAGCGAACAGAAACUCUCACUUUAAGCCUCUGCCUCCACCUCCCUGAUCAUUUAAUUUACAUUUUAUUCAGUCUUUAACACAUUUGUACUUUCAUUUUUUAUCUUUUCUGAUAGUCUUUAAACUCGUCUCAUCAGGCAACUGGAGAAAUCUGAUAAAUAAAUGUGUGAUUUUAUGAUCUGU